AUUUGGAUAUCAAAACAUCAGGGACCGGCUGUGUGAAGAUUCAGAAAAUAGAAUGUGAUAACUGCAAAAUAGAAACAGAGAAGGGGACUAGUGUCUUGCAGUCAAUAAAGAGCCAUAAAAUUGAUAUACGAACAAAUGGUGGCAAAGUAAUUGGUCUUGGAACGCUUUAUGGAAAUACAGAUAUUUGUGCAACAGAGAAGGGUAGCGUGAAUAUAGAGAAGCUGCAGGGGACGUCCAUCAAUAUAUCUACUGAAGAUGGGCUGCUGAAAACUAAGUAUCUCUAUGCAGAAACAUCAUCUCUGUCUUCAGUAGCUGGUGAUAUUCUGCUGGGAAGUAUUCAUGGUAACACCAGCCUUCAGACCAAAACAGGGAGCAUCACAGUAGAUUCAUCAGAUGGAAGUCUAAAAGCUUCUACACAGCAUGGGACAAUAGAUGUUUAUGUCAGUCAAUUAAGAAAAGUGGACCUGAAAUCCCAGAAAGGUUCUAUUACGGUCAAGGUACCUGCCUCUCUCAAAGCUUAUUUACAGUUGUCCGGAAGAAAAGUGGAUGUGAGCUCAGAGAUCCAGUUAAAAGAAACACAGAGUGCCUCCAAAGACGAUCACGUAACUAUAAGUGGUCACAUGAAUCAAAGGGAUGAAACAGACAAAUGGAUAAAGGCUGACACACAGAAUGGCAAAGUGUCCCUUAAAAGCCAGAGCUGGAUCCAGUCUGUCAAGCUGAAGAGUUCUUAAGGGUGGAACAGGGUGAAGUGAUUAAAUCAAGAAAUUGUAAAGGAACAUUUCUGUAAAGUUAUGACAUUUUCUUGAUAUAUAUUCUUAAUGUAAGAGAAAAUAUUAAAAAUGAGGGUGUUUUAACC